AUGACUCUCAGGAGAUACCUCAGCAACCUCGUAUCGCCAAUAUCGCCUCGUCGCCCUCGCACAGCGUCCAUUCAAUCACCAAACAGCGUACGAUCCCCCUUGGAGGACCUUCGGGACUUCUGGAAGGCAGCUUUUGAGGAGUCACUGGAGCAGGGCGAGGAGUUCAGGGCGGCGGCCCUCGCACGCAUUCAAGCGCAGCGAGGACUGCUCUCUGACGCAGAGGUGUGGGACCUGCAAACCAUGAACGAUGGGCUUGUGGUCGAGCGGAACGACCUCUCCGACUUUGCCCAGAGCCCAGAGAGGCUGAGCUUCGAGAUCGUUUCAAGAGCAUCCCGUUACAAGUCUCGCGCACAGUCACUGUACUCGGAAGUGAGGGAGGUCGUCCGGCGCUCACAGGCCAGUAUCGAGGGCGCUCAAGCGCGAGCUUCGGAAUGCAAGCGUGCGGAGCAACGAGGGGCGGUCACCAGGCAUGCGGGCGUUUCUGACAACUGCCAACGUAGAAGCGCGGCUAUAUAUAGUGGUUCACACCAAUCCGCCAGGGACCACGGGACGGAACUCUGCGACUCGCCGCCGGCAUACGAUUCCUGCUCGUCUUCGUCCUGGUACAGUCGUUCGCCCCCUGCCUCUUCCGACAGAUACGAGGCUAUAACUGGCUUCGUCUCGAAGACACACCGGUCAGCAUGGGACGCCGCCGAUGAAAAUCUGAACCUUGGUAUCCGACAGGCUUCCUCGGGUCCUGGCACCAACGACACCAUCCUUCCGAGCUUCGAGACGCAAGCCGUUGACGUGGGCCAAUGGGCUGCAGACGUCGGCAGACGCGUGGAGGUUGCGGCCAAGAGACGCGGCCUCGGUGCUUGCAAACGGCGCUCAACUCAAUCAGACAUUUCGGAACAGUCAGAGUUCUCUCCCGGUCCACCCACACCGCAUUCUUCCCCGCAGUCCUCGCCUCCUUCGGCGGAUCUGUCCGCAUCCCCUGCAUUCCUCAAAAGACUCGAUGAUGCGCUUAAGGGUGUCAACAUAUCCGUGGCAGAUCCCGAGGUGGAGGGCUUUGAGAAUCACAGCCAGGAGUUUAUCGCGGCGUCGUUCAUGAUGCAUCGAACAUCUCCCACACGCGUUCUUGGAUAUGGCAAGACGCACAUGCUUCGCGGCCCCAGAAGUCCCAUCCGGGCGACCCAGUCACAGCUCAACCCUGUCCUUCCCCUUCCGUUCCGACCUGUGCCUGACCUUCGCCGUGCUGCGAGCCAGCCUCAGUUACAGAUGCGGGGCCCGCGUGAACGACUCCCAGUGCUUUUCACACAGGAGGACAUGGACACGCUCCGAAUUAUGACGAGCAACCUCAGGUCGCCGAUCAGUCCACGGACAGAUGAAGAUGAAGACGAAGACUAUGGAGAGUGCGAAGACUUGUUCUCUGACGAUUGCACAGUGGAGACGGCAUCUGUCGUCGUGCAACCCUACGGGCAUUCUCGAGCCAACACCGUAGACCGACCCAUCGUUUGUUCUCCGGAGCUCUUUCCCUUCAAGACACCAACCUCGACUAGGUUCGAGGGCGUUAGGCAUUAA